AUGUGCACUUUCGACAUCGAGUGCGUCUCGGAGAACCCGAACACGUUCCCUUCGCCAGAAACCUCGCCGGUCAUCACGAUCAGUGCGAUCGUCUCGGACCCGACCGAGGACGCGGAGCGGUUCGUCUUUACGUUACGUUCGUGCAGCCCGCUGCCGGGGACGCACGUCUUCUCUUUCGACGACGAGCGCGCGCUGCUCGUCGCGUUCCACGACUUCGUGACGGUGUACGACUUCGACCUGCUUUCCGGGUACAACAUUCUGAACUUCGACCUGUACUACCUUUUCCAGCGCGGCAAGCAGCUGCGCGUGCUCGAAAUGACGGCGCUCGGGCGCAACCUCGCCGAAGACUCGAGCGCGAAGCGCACGAAGAUCACAACGAAGCAGACGGGCACUUUUGACACCACCUCGGUGACGAUCAGCGGGCGCAUCUCGUUCGACGUGUUCGACAUCGUGCGCCGCGAAUUCAGUCUGAAGAGUUACCGCCUGAACGCCGUCGCCUUUCACUUUCUGAACGACCAGAAGGAAGACGUGCACUACUCGCAAAUGCUAGAGUUGUUCACGAGCGGCGAACUCGGACGCAAGCGCAUUGCGCACUACUGCCUGCGCGACAGCGAGCUGACGCUGCGCCUCACUCAAAAGCUCUCGCUCUACGUGAACGCGCUGCAGAUGUCUCGCGUGACUUCGGUGCCGCUCGAGCUCCUGCUGGUGCGUGGCCAGCAGCUGAAGGUGACGAUGCAGCUGAUGCGCACGCUGCAGAAGGACGGGCUGUUCAUGCCGCUGACGCCGCGCGACGGCGAGCCGAGCACAGACUCCUACGAAGGCGCGAUCGUGCUCGAGCCGCAGCGCGGAUUCUAUCCGAACCCCGUCGUCGUGCUCGACUUCGCGAGUCUGUACCCGUCGAUCAUGAUUGCAUACAACCUGUGCUACUCGACGCUUGUGACGGACCCAGAAGUGCUCGCCGCGCUCGCCCCGGAAGACUACUACAAAGCGCCGAACGACGCGUACUACGUCAAAGAACAUGUCCGCGCGGGCGUGCUGCCGAGCGUCGUCAAGAACCUGCUGCAGCAGCGCAAAAGCGUGAAGCGCGCAAUGAACGACGCGACCGACCCGUUCCUGCAGAUGCUGCUCAACGGCAAGCAGCUCGCGCUGAAAGUGUGCGCGAACAGCGUGUACGGCUACACGGGCAUCGCGAACGUCGGACACUUGCCGUGCUUGACGAUCUCGAGCAGCAUCACCGCGUUUGGGCGCGAGCUGAUUAACCGCUCGAAGGAGUACGUAGAGACGCGCAUUUCGCCGAGCUCCGAGUACGCGUUCGGCACGCGCGUCAUCUACGGCGACACGGACUCGCUGAUGAUCGAGGUAGAGCUGCGCUCCAUCGCCGCUGCGAUCGCCGCGGGCAAGAAAAUGGCGCAUGACAUCAAUUCGCAGUUUAAAAAGCCGCUGGAGCUGGAGUUCGAGAAAGUCUUCUGUCCGUACUUGCUCAUCAACAAAAAGCGCUACGCAGGGCUGAUGUGGACGGCGCCCGACAGUUUCACGAAAGUCGAAACCAAAGGUUUGGAGACCGUGCGCCGCGACUUCUGCCCGUUUGUCCUCAACUUCGUCCGCUCGCAAAUCGCCGCGCUGCUGAACCAGCAGGUGGACAUUAGCAAGUUGAUCGUGUCGAAGUCGCUCGCGAAACCGGACUACAAAAGCCCGCUGCCGCAGGUGAUCGUCGCUCAAAAAAUGGCGGAGCGCGACGCGCAAAACGCGCCCGGGCUCGGCGACCGCGUCUACUACGUGAUCGUCAGCGGCGACAAGCACUCGAGCCAGGGCCAGAACGCAGAGGACCCGCUGUUCGUGCUGCAGAACGGGCUGGAGAUCGACACGCUGCACUACCUCGAGUCGCUGCGCAAACCGAUCUGC